CUCUCUCUCUGCCGCGAUCGCACGCACGGCGGCACGGCGGAGAGACGGCACACCGCCACGCCCCGACCGGCCUGGCCUCCGAUCUUUCUCUCCUCCUCUGCCCCGCGCGCGCCGGGGCCGGAGGGUCGGUCGAUGGGCAACGCGAGCGGCAGGCUGGAGGACAUCGCGGACGCCGAGAUGGACGAGGGCCGCGGCCACGUGCGGCGCUCUUCGUCUACGGGAUACGUCGGGGGCGUGAGGGGAGGCGGCGGCGGUGGCGGCGCCGGAGGAGGGGGUGGGGGAGGGUCGUCCUCGCCCGGAAGCCCCCCGCGGCCGCACUCGCCGCGCAUGUUCGUGCCCCAGAGCCCUGUAACUCCACUGCAAAGAGCUUCAGAUGUGCCACCUCCGGUGUUCAACCAGAUACUGAUGCGUGAUCAGGAUGAUUCCGACGGCCCCCCUCCAAAGAGGAUCCCUACUUUGCUUGUGUGGCCUCAUGGAGGCAAGUGUAUCUUCGUGGAAGGAUCAUGGGAUCACUGGACAUCAAAGAAAACCGUUCAGAAAUCUGGGAAAGACCACACCAUCUUAUUAGAGCUUCCAUCAGGAGUUUACCGGUACAGAUUCAUCGUCGACGGGGAAAGAAGAUACCUCCCCGAUCUUCCCUGUGAGACCGACAACGUGGGCAACAUCGUGAACCUUCUUGACGUCAAUGACUUUGUGCCGGAAAGCGUGGAGAGCGUGUCGGAGCUGAUGGCGCCCCCCUCCCCGGACUCGAGCUACGGGUUCCAGAUCCCCGAGGACAAGGAGUUCGCCAAGGAGCCCCCCACCCUGCCGGCGCAGCUCUACCUCGGCGUGCUCAACUCGCGGAGCGCGGAGCAGCGGGAGUGCGCGCGGCCAAGGCAUGUGGUGCUGAACCACCUCUACAUCGAGAAGGGGUGGGGCGCGCAGCCGCUGGUGGCGCUCGGCCACACCCACCGGUUCCGGUCCAAGUAUGUCACCACCGUCCUCUACAAGGCCAUCGAGCGAUAGCGCUUACCGUAGCGCAUGAAGCCAGUGCCGCCGAACAGGAGCGAGAGGAUUUUCACCCUUCAUGUCUGCGCCGAUCGGAUCGUGCAUAAUUUGCAUAAAAAAGCUGUAAUUCAUAUAGAGAUCAUGUUCAUUUUUUUGUCGAGAUGACUGGUUUCGCUUGUCAAGAAUAAAAUCAGAGUAACACAAGAUUAUGGAGCGUGUCAGUGUGCA